AUGAUUACUGCGCGGACGCGUUCGUCAGCAAAUUGCCACGAAAUUGUGAAAACAUCCGCAGUGGAUGGCGAGAGAAGAGGGAACCUUUGCCUGGUGCACCAAAGUGGUAUCAGGAAGGAGAAAGUGGCUGUAGCAUGCCAAACAGAUCCAGACGAAGAAACAUUCCCGAAAAUUACGCACUGCCCUCGGACAAGUGUGCCACAACCUGUUGCUAAUAAAGGUUCCUUUUCUCCAACGUCGAGCACUUCAUCGGAUGGAACGCUGCGGUUGAUGAUACAAAACUUCAAAAAUAUGGCCGAUACCGUAAGAGGACCAAGUAAAAAAAUACAGACUGUUCCAUGGUAA